CUAUAAGCCACCGCGGGGGACUGUCACGCGGCACUCCUCUCUUGGCGCUCACUCGGGGCCUCUGGCAGUGUUUGCGCGCGAAAAAAUUACCUUCACAUUUUUCCGUUUUUUACCGUUUCUGUUUAUGCGUGCGUGUGUCCGUGUGGUGCGCUGUGCAGGUGAAUAGUGCGCGGAGCUGUGUGCGGAAGGGGAAGACGGAGGACUAAGAGGAAGAGGGAGAAAUAAGAGGAUAAAGAGGAGACGGAGAGCACGAGGUCGUCCCCAUCAUCAUCAUCAGCAGCAGCAGCAUCACGCCCCAUCUUUGCCCGGCCCAGCAUCACCACCAUCAUCAUCAGUGGCGGUGGGCGGGUCGCCGUGAUGGUGUGAGGUGUCCCCUCCCCCACUUACCCCAUCAUGCUGUGGACAGACCCGCCGGCCCCCGCCGAGGUGGGGGGCCCCGUGCCCCGACGCCGCGCCUACAGUGACGUUCAGCCCCGCCCGCCCCGCUUGUGCCGGCAGCGGUCCGCGUCGCCCCCCGUGCCCCGCCCCGCCGAGGGCAUGCACCGGGGCGGGGGGCUGUUCGCGGGGGUGGUGGUGGGCAGCCCCCUGGGGUGCGGCCCCCUCAACGGCACGGCGCUGCCACUCUCCGGCAUGGGCCCCCCCCCGCUGGGCAGCAGUCCCCCGGGGCCGCCCACGCCCCCGGCAGACUACAUCGGCCCCAUGAGGCGGCCCCGCCUGCCCUCCGCCUCCGAGGCGCCCACCGUGGCGCCCAUCCCCGAGAACCUGCCGCUGCCCGACACCCCGCCCCGCCCCGCCUUUCUGGCCGUGGUGUGGCAGGCCCGGGGGGGUGGAGGUGAGGAGGUGAGGUCAGCAUGGUCACGUGACAGCGCCCCACGCCCGCCAGCAUGCAGCCCCGCGCCCGCAUUCCCUGGGAGGACUCUCUGGAGGAGCCCUGUUGCCCCUGCCCUGCAGGAGGAGGAGAUCGCCCUGUCGCCCCUGCUGCCCCUGCGUGGCGGCGGCGCCCCCCCCGAGGCGCCGCCCCCCGGGGAGCGCAGCAGCAGCCUGAGCAGCGGCCUGGGCAGCGGCAGGAGCAGCGGCAGCGUGUGCAGCGGCGGCGGCGGCGCGGGGGGCGGCAUGGGCGGCGUGGCCGGCUGCGGGAAGCGUGACUCCUGCAGCAGCAGCGGCAGCAGCAGCAGCAGCGGCAGCUCCUCGCGGGACUCGGGCGUGGGCGAGCCGGCCUGGCCCCCGCCGCACGCCCCCGCCGAGGGCCUCAGCCGCGCCCGCCCGCACCGCCUGUCGCUGCCGCCGCCCGCCCGCACCGGCCACCACUUCACCAUCAGGCGCGUGGCCGAGGCUGAGAGCGUCCCCAGCCCCGCCCCGCCCCUCGCCGCGCCCCACGCCCCGCCCCAGGCCCGUAGGAACAACGACUUCAUCGACGCACGGCUCCUCGCUGACCGUCGCCCCGCCCCACACGACCCCGUCCCAGCCCCAGCCCCGCCCCAGCCCCGCGCCCACACCCCCGUCUGGCUCAGGAGGCUGCCCCAGGAUCCCAGCAAUGCACCCCCCAGCGGGAAGACCCAGGGUGGGGAGGGCAGCCAGGACACCCAGCAGGAACCAGGGGGGAGCGGCGCGGGGGGCGGGGUGGAGGACGCUGCCCCCCACCCCCCCUCGCGCCCCCGCUCUGGAACAUGGAGUGUGGCAACGUCGCGAAGGGUGAAGAUCAAGGCAGAGAAGGAGGAGGAAGCUCUCGCAAUGGAAGAGAUAUCUCCCCCCCAACCAGACUCAGUGGCGGCCAGGCAGCGACGCAAGUCCGGCGACGACGUCCUGAACGCGGCGGUGAAGGAGAAGGAGAAGAAGAAGGAGGCGGCCCAGGGCUUCUUCGACUACAUUGGCGGGCGGCGGCCGAGGUCAAAAUCCGAUGCCUCGCGCGUCGGACGGAAACCCAAUAUUAUAACCUCCAUGAAGAACGCUGUGCAGAGCUGGAGUGAUGAGAAGGAGCGGAGGCGGCGGGAGCGGGAGGCACAGCGGAAGGAGAGGCAGAUGUUGCUCGGACGGUUCUCCAAAUCUUGCCAGCACACCCUGGUCUCCCCCAGCAGCACCCGCAGUGGCCGUCGCAGCGGAGACGUCACGCCGGUGGAACAGAGCGGCGGAGGCGAUGACGUCUACUACACCUGGCACGCCGGCUCAACCCACCCCGGCCUGCAGACACGAACCAGGCCACCGGAUUCAACCAGGACGGGGCUCUCGAAGGUUAUGGAGCUGUUCAGGAGUCAUCGCGGGGAGACCACCGAGGAGAGACAGCGACGCAAGAGUGGAGGGAAAUAUGGAGACAAAGGUAAGAGAGAGAAGGACGAGGAACCACAGUAA